GAUUAGUUUAGUUAAAUAUUUAAUAAGCAACUUUCUUAGUUACCACAGUUUUAAAAUCAUAGUAAAUUAACCGGUAAAAUGGAGAAAACCGGAGCAAAGAAACGAUUACUGUGCAGGUUAUGUUCGGCAAAGAGAAAUUUAAUAUCGUUAUUUAAAAGCUCGGAUUUUACAUACAGAUGCAAUAUUAAAAAGCUCAUAUCUCAAGCUGUAUCGAUACAGUACGAAGAAGGCGAUGGAUUAAAAUACGUUUGUUGUUCCUGUGUUAUUCGAAGUUACAACUGCUACGUAUUCAAAGUAAAAUGUUUGGAAAACGAACACAAACUUAAGAAUUCCUUUCCGCUUUCGAAGGAAAACAAUUUGCCCAGCCUGGAAGUGCUAAGGAAAUCCGUAGAAUGGCUGUACAACAAAUCGUUGGGCGAGAACGAUUCCGAAUUAUCUACCUCAUCGAAAGAAAAGGAAUCCUCAAACAGCCCGAAUUCGACGCCCUCUAGCGUCGUAAAGAUCAACGGGACCGUUGAAAUAGGCAAUUCAACAGACACAACGAACGAAUCUCCUCGAACUGUUAACACGAAAGCCUCCACUCCGGUGACGGUAGACGAAUCGGUUCAAACCAUUCCACCGAAGACCUUCAACGUAGGAGUCUGGGCGUACCAUCCUCCGUUAUCUUCUUGUAACAAAGCGAACAAAUCGACCCAAACGGUUAACUCGAAAGCUUCGUCUCCGGUGUUGGUAGACGAAUCGGUUCAAACCAUUCCACCGAAGACCUUCAACGUAGGAGUCUCGGCGUACCACCCUCCAUUAUCUUGUAAUAAAGGGAACAAAUCGACUCAAACGAAGCGGGUAUCGGCUAAAAGCGUUUCGGUUGCUUGUAAUAUCGCAAAUUGCGACAUCUUAACUACCCAAAAUCCUGCGCAAUUGAAGCAAGCUGAUGGUAAAGAGGUGUUUAAAUCGACGCAAAACAAAGACAACCUGUUUCACGAUAGAAAAAUGGAAUCGGACGAAUCGGAGAGUAGCGAUAUCGAGCAAGCGGUGGCGAGCAAUCGCAAGAGAAAACACAAAUCUACGAUUAACAACAGCGCUGCUAACAAAUUAUUAAAAACCGACUGCCACAGCAACCCCAAAAAGAGUUCAAACGUCGAUACUAAAUGUUUGGAGAUUGAAAUUAACGAGCAGAUCACGUUGGAACCGUUGGAUAUCAAAUCGGAGCCGUUGUCUCCUGCAGCCGUUAUGUCUUGUUCGAGUUUCGCGCCCGCCGAGAAUUCCCUGCAAUUCACCAGAAAAGUGGAGUAUUUGAGGAAUUGCAAGGAGUGCGGGACCGUUCUACACACUAAAGCGGAUUCGCAUCAGCACCGAAAGACCCACAUGAAGUGUUACUUGUGCAAGAAGAGAUUCCCCAGCAUAAAAAAAGCCAAGGAGCACAUGAACAGCAGCUGCAUAAGGAACAUUUGUUCUAAAGAUCCUAUUAUUUCGCUUGAAAAAUUGAAAGAAACAAUGAUUUGAUCUUGCAUCUGAUGGCAUGGAUUGCAAGUUGUUGUUUAUUUUUGGAAAAUCUUUUAAUUAUGAUUCAAGAAAGUACAGCAAAAAAAUUGUUUAGUUUAAUAAACGUUCUCUAUUAA